ACGUUGACGUACGACACAGAGGCCAAGAUAGUAACUAUUAAUAUACGACGGAUGACAUCUUAUCUAUCUUUAGGGUUCCUCACAAUCAGUUCGACCAAUAAAUUCACAGCAAAGACAGCACCGUUCGCGCACAGAGUGAGAAGUGGCCUGGAGUGAGCGAACAUUUGCGGGUUUGUGUGUGGAGAUGCCCGCCGCUGGUCCAUGGGUGCGAGUCGACUGGACGCAUUUUACAGAAGGCUGCUCCUCGGCAAACUCUUCAUCGGGGGUUGGGGAAGGCCCGAAGACCUCAAGAGAAUCUUUGAGUUCCGUAAGAUCAUUGCUGACAGAGAGAGAUGCAAGUCUCUGGUGGCCAAGGACUAUCCGGUGCAUAUAAACAAGACAGAGGCGCAAACGGAUUGUUACAUCCAUGACGGUGUCUUCAUUUCACCUCUGGAGCACUUGGUUCCUGGAAUCCUGCCAACUGAGGCUGUGAAAGCAAGGUUCCAGUUUAUAGUUCCUAAAAGAUGGCAAAGCAACAGACCAGUAUGUAUUCACUUGGCUGGCACUGGGGACCAUUUCUUCUGGCGCCGAAGGACCCUGAUGGCCAGGCCCAUGGUCAAAGAAGCAGGAAUGGCUUCCCUGCUUUUGGAGAACCCUUAUUAUGGCUAUCGAAAACCUAAAGACCAGUUACGAUCCUGUCUAAAGAAUGUGUCAGACCUGCUUGUGAUGGGUGGAGCUCUGAUCUUGGAGUCCUCUGUGCUUCUCCAUUGGCUGGAGAGUGAGGGGUACUCACCUGUUGGAAUGACCGGUAUUUCCAUGGGGGGAUAUAUGUCGUCUUUAGCAGCGACUAAUUGGCCGAAGCCGAUCCCUCUGAUUCCCUGCCUGUCGUGGUCCACUGCCUCGAGUGUCUUCACCACGGGUGUGCUAAGUAAAGCAGUGAAUUGGUCGGAGCUGGAGAAGCAAUAUGCCAUUAAUUCAGUGUAUGAAGAAGAGAUCAUUAAGCUGUUGGAGUAUUGUGGGGCUGACUCCUUCAAGAUGGCUCAAGAAUUUGUAAAACCCUCUUCGGGUAGAGGGGAUUCUUUCGACCAUCUACGAGACCCGCCGAGAGGAGACAGAGUGUCAAUGGGCUGCUACUCAAGGGCGGGAGGAAAGGCCGAAAUUGGGCCUGGCCUGUGGAUCGGAGAGGGCGUGGCUGCACCCAAACUGGACACGUUAUUAUCGGUGGACAACACCAAGACGCGUUUAGACCCCUCACCGAGUGGCUUCCAAGCAAACAAAUGGCUGACUGGCAAGAAGGAAGAUUCAGCCAAAAUCUGCCGGCCAUCAUUACACAGCGAGUCGAUAAGCUUCAUGAAGGGAGUGAUGGAUGAGUGUACACACAUGGCCAACUUCUCUGUCCCUGUUGACACCAGUCUGAUCAUCGUGGUGCAGGCCAAAGAAGAUGCCUACAUCCCUCGUGCAGGGGUCCUGAGUCUGCAGGAGAUUUGGCCUGGAUGUGAAGUCCGUUAUCUAAAUGGAGGACAUAUCAGCGCUUAUCUAUUUAAACAGAACGUCUUCAGACAGGCUAUCUAUGAUGCAUUCAACCGAUUCUGCCGGAAGUAUCCCCACCUCCUCUAGCUAUGGCAGUGUUGAUGCCCUUACCCUCCUGUGACAGCAACUUGCACUGUGUGUGUCCGUCCGUGUGCAACUUCUCUCUCAGCCUGUAGAAGGGAAAUGUGAUUGUGCAGCUUAAAAUGUAUUGAGUGAUUUGUUUUGUUUUUGUUUUGUUUUUUGUAAAACACAUUUUGCCAACUGAAAAAAAUUGCUUACAUGGCUGUUUUAAAACAUUUUAUUCUGAAUACACAUGUAAAUGACUGCAUCAUAUUUCUUUUUAUUUACUGUAUUGUUGAUGUGUAACUUGUUCAGCAACUGACAGGAAUGUUUUUUUUUUCCCCCCUACACUUUCUUGUUUAGCCUCAAGCCCAUUUGUAAUCACACCCAUUUAGGAUUAGUAUACCAUUACACCUAAGGUCCGUAUUUGCAAACCAGUCCCAAUAUUUAAUUUUAUUUGAUGUACUUAUUUCCUUUUUUCAUUUUUUUUUUCCCUCAAGUAUUUUAAAUUACAUUUCUAUAAAUCACAUUUUUAAACCAUCACCUUAAGUACAAGCUUUUUUUGAAGUCUGUACUAAAUUUGAGGAAAUACAAAAACAUUCUUCAUCAAGGGUUUGAAUUUGACCCUUACUCAUUUUGAAACAAUAGAAAUUUGAGAAGUCAAAAGCUAUUUUACGACAAUUGAGGGCAUUUGUUUUUUGGUACCAUCCCUAAGUAGAAUACCAUGCUACCUCUUUCGUCUGUUGUUAAAGGCUAAUCUUGUCAUCACGGUAUAAACCGGAAACUACUGUUGUUUGGUACCCUCUGUUAAAGAUUGUGUGUGUUCAAAACAUAGUUGUUCACCCACUUGACUAAAAAUGUGCUGUUCCUGUACAGCAGUUCUCAGUAUAACUGCAGUGUGCCAAUCCUCAUGUUGCCUUAACAUGACUCAUCAUUUCAAAUUGCGAAUUGAAUCUACAGGAACGUGCUAAUGUUUGUUUCGGGAGUGAUGCUGCCUUUGGUGCUGCAGUGGACCAAGCCAACUAUCGAAAGACAUUCAGAUUUAUGACUCACUCAUCCAUUGAGCUACUGGUAGAACUUGUUGUUCAUUAGCAUGUUAUGCACCUGACUGGGGAAAUCACAAAAACAAAUCAUUUGAAUUUAAUCAGCUAAAUUUGUGCACUGCAUGCCUGUUCAUUUUCCGAAUUUGAAAGUGAAUUCAAUUGAAUUUAGAAUUAUCAGUUGAAAUGUGUUACUUUUCUCACUUCGGCUUUGUCACUGGCGAGGAUUGCUUUUGUGCUUCCAGAAGCUUUCAGCUCAUAUAUUAGAGGAUAGCCUUCUGUUGUUUGUCUUUUAUGGAGCCAAGGAAGCAACAGACACAGUUUCUUUCAAUCUUUACAGUAAAUUGACCUUUACAACCUG